AUGAGAAGAAAUGUUUUAAUUAAUAUUAUUAUGAUAUUUAUAUGUAUUACUAGUUUAACUAUUAUUACAAUCACAUUAUAUAUAAUACCAACAUCACAUCAAUUGAAGAAUCACAAUGAAAUAGCAGAGACUGUAAUGAAUAACUAUGUUUACAAUUCAUAUGUUAAUAAAUACAAGGAUACCGGUGUGAAAGGUAUUCAUCCAAACAAAAAAGAUCAUAGAAAACCUGCUAGCAAACCAGUAAAGAUCUCAAGAGAUUUACCAAAAGUUGAGGUUUCCGUUAACAAUAGUACUGACAAUGAAGGACCAUCGGAGAUCUCUGUGUUUUCAAUCAAUUGCGAGAAUGGAGGAAUUGGAUUCACUGAUAAAUGUAUAUGUUCACCACCUUAUCAUGGAGAUCAUUGUGAGCAAAUCGACCAGUCGUUGAACGAUCCUUGUUUGGCGGUGGAUGAAUCAGCCAAGAAACUAAUGGGAAGAACUGAUACAUAUAAUGAUACCAAUGUUCAUUGUCCUAUUAGCGCCACAGUCGAUUGUUGCUGGAAACGAAACAAGAGAUCCAGUACCAAGGUAUUCGACCAACAGGAAAGCACAUCAGAUCACCAGUACCUUGAGAGAAUCCUAUCUUCCUAUGGACCGUGGAAUGAGAAUGACAAGAUCAUUAUUGACUAUCUCUUUACUCAAAACAACAACAAACACUACCAUUUGAAAUAUAAAAAGGAUGAACACCAACAAACAUCAUUCUCUGACAAACCAAGCAUUGCCUACUCCAUUAACAUCGAAGAGUUGGAUAUGGAAAGAUUUGAAGCAUUGUUAAAAGUUAUUUAUAGACCAAAACAUUAUUAUAUUAUUCAUAUUGAUAAAAGAUUGAAUGAUAUUAAAGGAUUAAUGGAUGUUGUUAAAUUAUACAAUUCAAAAUCCGGUAAUAUCAGAGUUUUGGAUAAGAGAUUCGUUGGUUCUUGGGGAUCCAUUGCAUCGGUCUAUUAUGAGAUUGCAUCGAUUGCUGUUGCACAAGAUAUGGUCAAACAAAGACAAAAAGAUGCACCAAACCACAAACAUCCAGAGUGGAGUCAUUUUAUUAAUCUAUCGCUUGACGAUUUUCCAACAAAGAAUGUUGUUGAUCUUGAGAGAUUCCUAGGAUCCAAACCAAGAAUGAAUUAUAUUGAAAAACGACCAAGAACAAGUGAAAAUAGAAAAUCAAAAACAUGGAUGGAAUGUGAUGAUAACCAAAUGAUAAAUAUUGAAUAUCAAAAUACUGAUCAUUGUGGUAGUAAUGAUUAUUUCUUGAGUUCCUACAAUAAUGAAACAUUGGUAGAAGGAUCACAAUGGCAUUUCCUAUCAAAUUCAUUCGCCAACUAUCUUUUAUCAUCGAGGAAAUCAAUUGAAAGAUUGUUUUCAAUGAAAUUUACAUUGAUUCCCGAAGAAACUUUCUUCCAAUUAGCUUUGUUGGAAUCAAAUUUAUCUGAUGAAUGGGUUGACUAUAAUUAUAGAUUUACACCAUUACAUAAAGAGAAUAGGGAAGUUGAUGAAAAUGAUCUGGAUUUCAAAUUUGAAAGUUAUUUCACAAGUAAAGUAAAGAGUAAAGAGGUUAGAGAUUCAAUCACGGAGAAACAUUUAAAUUUUAGACAUAACAUUAAAUAA